GCGGCUUUUCCUCCUCUGUUCAUACGAGCAUCAAACAACGGGAGGAGAUACAACUACGCUCUUCUUUUCCUCUAUCAUUUCUGAUCCGCUGCUGACGCACCGCUGCACGAUGUCUUCGAAUGCGGCUGAUGGAGACGGCGCAAGUCAGCGCGUCUGUCGAAAGGCCGAUGCGGUCUUAGUAGCCGCAACCCGUCCGUUGCCGGCCUCGGAGCACCGCAGCACCGCCGACCAGCGUCAGGCCUUCAUCGAGCAUCUGUACUCCGAUUACAGCGACCUGCACGCCCAACAGGUCGAAAUUCACGACCGCAAGAACCAGAUGGACUUCGACCUGUUUGAGAGCAACCAGCAGGAAAUACACGAUGUGCUCUUCGCCAACGUCGAGGCCGCCGACGGCGCACUCGGCGACUGGGACACGUGGGAGAAGGUCGAGGCGGUGAUGAAGCGCUACGCCUACGGACGGCGGCGACACACCGCACAGGAGAAAGAAGAAGACGCGGCCAUGCGCAGUCGCAUCGACGCGCUGAACGAAGUUGUCAGCGAAAAAAAUGCGACGAUUCAGGCCCUUACGCAGACGUGCAAGGAAACGCAGCAGGAAUUAGGAGGCGUACUGAAGCUGCUGCACAUGAAGAAGAACGAAAUAAAAACACUCAGCCACCAGCACCACACGGCAACGCUUCAGCUCCACUACGUCCAGCGAGAGUGCGCCGCAUUGCGCGGGCUGCGCAACCAGAAUGAGGCGUCACUGCUCAAGCAAGACUUCAACUACCUCAUCGAGGCAAACAAAAAGUUGGAGGCAGAGAACCAGCUGUUGCGGGGGCGUCAACAAGUAGUGGAGGGUGUCAUCCGUGAGCCGAAGCCCCGCACCGCAGCCCCGCAAGUGGCCCCGCAGGCAACCCCGCAAGUGGCCCCCCAGGCGGCUCCCCAAGCGGCCCCCCAAGCCGCCCCAUCGACCCCACGGCCGACGGAGAGCCUCAGUGUGUUUGUGCCCCUGCAGCCACUGCCGCAGAGCACCGUGGACGACAACGAGCUCGACAGGUGUCUCGAAGACGACGCUUUCCGACACGAGUUUCUGCAGAAGGAAGUCCCCCUCUCCGGUGCGGUGGUGAAGGCCAAGCGAGAAACCGCGCACUGGAAGAAGCGUCUUGAGGCGGAGGUCAGUUGUAUAAUGGAAAUGCUGGACUCUGAUGCUGCCGUCGAGGUAGAGGCGAGGACUUCUUCUCCUUCACUAAAAUUCGCGAGAGAGGCCUCGCAGGGCCGCUUGUCGGAGCUGCAGAAUGGUGUGUUUAUCUCCUACGCCUCCUACGAGAACGCGCCAUUGAUGCGUGGGGAGGAGAGCACGAUAUCCAUGCUUGUGGCGCCUGCCUCCGCUGCUGCUGGUGUCCCUCUUGUGUCCUCUUCCGCUUCCGUCGCAACCACUGCAAAGGUAGCGCGUGCGACGAACCCGAAGGCUGUUACUGCAAUAGCCGGCGCAGCAGCGGCAGCGACAUCGUUAGCCACGACAACAUCAGGAAAAGCGACAGCCGGAGCAGUGGCAGCGGUAGCAACGACAAUGUCAGCAAAGACUGCCGCAGCACCCGCUGCCCCAGCGACGGCGCCACUGGCAGCAGAGACGGUAGAACCCUCGGUCUCGGCUGACAACCCUGUUACUGCACGUGCGGAUCUCUCCUCCAACACUCCCAAAAGCCGCAACAAACCCACUGCUUCCAUGGCCCACGGGAAGGGUCACAUUUCCAAGGCACCGGCUGCAGCUGCGGUGGCGGCGAAGAAGCCGACCCACUCGUCGACGCAGGCUCCGACUCAGGUGACGACUCAAGAUGGCGCGGUGGCCGCCCCGGCAUCCACCACCUCCGCUUUUGCACCGCUGCAAAGCUCCAUUCUACGGUGCACCGAGCUGUCUCGCGCCAACGCGAUGCGGCGGGAGCUGCUGCACGUCGCGUACCUUCGGCAAAUGCUGGCGGACAGGAUGGCACGUGCAGCGUCGCAUGUGGCGGCCGAGGUGAACCGCGCCGGUGCGCCUCAACAGCACGCGAUGUCAGAUGCGGAGCCACCGCCGCAGCGAGAAAAGCGCAGCACGCUCGACGCUGUGGCCACGCCACCGCUGUACAGCGAGUCGGUGGAGAGCGCGCAUGCCGCGCUGGAGUCUGCGACAACGCCGUCCCCUCAGCGGCUGCGUCAGCAAGUGCGCGACAGUCGCAUGUCGUUACCUGACGUCGUGACGGGUGAAGUGAGCGAGUCGGACGGCGGUGAGAUUGAAAGCCGCGCUGUGCGAAAUUCUCGAGAGGACGAUGCAGCAACGCAAUGGAGCUGGCGUGUGUUGUCCACGCGCACACCCACACCACCGCCACUGUCACGGCCGCACGCCGGUCGUGUGCACUCCGAUGGGCGCUCCGAUGGGCACUGUGCCGCCACUGGUGGUUCUCCCGCUACCACUACUGCGUCAAGUCGGCUGCCGUUGCCACUGCGACAGCGUGCCGCGGCGCUACACGACGAAGUGGCAGCGCUGCGAAGGAGUGCGGUGACGUACUGGACGGAGCUGCAGGACGCCUUCGCAAUACUGGGAAGACUGUUUGGCGACCACGAAGGUCAAAUGAUGGAGGCUGUGGAACAGCAGGCCACGGAGCAGGCUAUGGAAGGCGCGGCGGGGCGGGUCUUGGAGGAGGCGGCGUUGCAGCGUACGGCACAGAUUUUGCAGGAGCGCUUUGGUUCCUUGAUGCCUGCGAGCGCCUUCACUCCUGUAGUUUUGCCGGAGAGCGCCACGGACGAGGAGUGGCUUGUCAAUGAGUUGCGAACCGCGGCUGCUGCAAUGAUCAAAGAGUCCGUGCACCCCCAUGCACCUGCGCCGCACCAUGAUGUGGAAGGUGCCGGUGAAGGUGCUACCCUGCAUGACCAACUCUCGCAACUGAUUCCUGGUGUUUCACCGUCAUCUCACCCAUCACAGAAGCCUGUGUCAAAACAAAAUCAGCAGAAUGCGCAACAGCAUGCCCAACAGUAUGCACAGCAGCAGCAGCGCCUCGCUUCUCUAGCGUCUCGCGACUUUUUCGAAGCAGAGAUUCUCCGCCCCUUCCGCCUCCAACCGAAUUUUGCAUACAAUGGUGGUGUCCACGCGAACACGGACAUGCGCACCGGCGCUGCACUUCGGACAAACGUGGACGAUGAGGAUGAUUGGGAUGCCGCAGACGCUGCGGCUGGCAGCAAAGCUGGAAGACCGGAGGGCCGCGCCGUCGGAGGCAUUGACGCUCGCUCCAGAAACCGGCCGGCGCCAGCGUCACGGUGGUACUGGCGCACACGCAAUUCACACGACUUUGGCACCCCGUCACGCAACACCGCCGCUGCGGAGCCGCGACAGGCGGUCGCCACCGGUCUCCUGCCGACGUUCACAGCAGCGUGGCGCGUCGCGGCGACCUCGCUGCCUCUUUCCUCCGAGGCCAAUGUGCAGUCCAUUCGACCGACGGUGCUGCGAUACGUUUUUGAUGGCGCACACGCAGCCCGUCAACGCGCCACGUCGGAGCACAUUCGCAUGAAGACGGCGUUCCUGUACGGAUCGGAGUUCAAGGACUUUGUGCAGGAGUACAUCGUGCCGGUCAUCUCCGCCGCCAGCGGCAUCUCUGCCGGCGGGCAGUUGAGCCCCGCGAUGCGGGCAGCCGUGCAGGACCUGCGGCUGAAGGAGCGCGUGCGCCGCAAGAGAGGCGUGCGGCUCCUCUUUGAGCGCGUGGCAAACAACAUCCGCACUCGGCACUUGUUGCAUCGCAACGUCUACCACGGCGAGGCGUUUGUCUCCUACGUAGGACUUCUCUACAGCAACUGGCGCGCAAAGCUGGAACGUGACCGGCAACGCGUGCAGCGAGCGCAGGAGGCAAACCGAAACGCAAUCUUCUCCCUUCUUCAGCUGCGGACUUCGGCCUCGCCGACAGACACGUUGACCAGGCCAGCGCCUCCACCCCUACCUUCGUUGCCCAAAACAAAGCCUGGUGUAGGAAGCUCGAAGCGAGCAGUGUACGGGGCUUUCGACAAAUCCAGCUUUCACUUUGACGACGCCAAGUUCAACGCGAAGUCUUGA